AUGCACCAUUUUCCCAUUGGAAAAGCCAGGCUUCCCAGCAAGCGGCUCCGUUUUCAGCGCGACCGUGGCCUGCGCAGCCCGGCUGCCCUCGCCGCUGCGCUGCCUUCUCCCAGCGCGUGGAUGCUCCACUUAGAGGGUUUGAAAUCGGACUCGCAGACCUGUCCCGGUGGCGAUUCCGACAGCGGCCAGGGCAGCUGCGAAACGAGCUCUCCUGGUCACCUCCACCGGGGGACAGCAGCCCUCGAUGACCGAGGUCCGUGCCGUUUCCGUGCCGGGUGCCUGGAGGUGACGGGCGCCAAUUCAGAGGAAGAGAUUUUUGUAAGUAAAAAAGCAAAAAGUAAAAGAUUGCUUCAAGACAGUGAAAGUGAAGGUGAAGAAGAGAGCAGCUCUUUUAAAAAGAAUGACACUCUGGGUGCAGUCUUGGAAAAUGGGGAAGAAAAGGAGAAUACUGCUGCCCAGAGGAACAAAACAUCUCGUCGAGUUUGCCGAGGGCUGCUGGAUAGUGAUGACAGCGACGCUGAGGACCGCCUGCGUACUGAGAACUUUGAGAAAAGCAAGAAGUCUGGAUUAUCUGAGGAUGAGCCAGGAGGGGAGAAACCCCUAAAAUCUGUGAAAAAACACAGAAAAAAACCACAUGAUCUUGGAGAAGAGACAGCCAAAAAAUCUGUAGGAAAAUCAAGGAGGAGAAAGGAGAAGGAAAGAAGGGCUGAAUCCAUUAAAGAGCUGAAAAAAGGAAAGAAGCCUAGAGCAGAGGACAAGCAGGUAGAUGGUGGGGAGAGGUAUCCUUUCAAUGACAGCGGAUGUCUUCUUGAUGACAAGGACCUUUUCGAUAAUGGCUUAGAAGAAGGGGAAAAUAAUUCCCUCCCAGAAGAUGAGGAGUCACUAGAAGCAAUACGAGCAGCAGUGAAAGACAAAAUUAAGAAGAGAAAGAACAAAGAGCUGUUUUCUGAGAGUGAAGGCUGCAAACGUGUGUUUGAUGAUGAGAAUGAAGAACCAAAAAAGAAGGAGCGGAAAGCAGCCAGGUUAAGUAAAGAAGCUAUUAAACAGCUACACAGCGAGACCCAACGACUCAUUCGAGAGUCAUCUUUGUCUCUCCCAUAUCAUGUGCCUGAAACCAAAAGCAUUCAUGAAUUCUUCAAGCGUAGACCUCGACCAAUGUGCCAAGGAAAUGCCAUGUUAUUGCUGAAGUCCACAAAGUAUCAGGCCUCCCUAGAUGAAGAAGCUGCAGGUACAAAGAACAUGAGCUUGGACCACAAAGAUGGGCAGGCAGGAGGUGAUCAGCCAGCAGCUUGUGAAACCGAAACAGGCCUGGGCAGAGAUGUUAAUACCACCACGGACAAACUUCCUACUGGUGAGGGGGAGAACGUGACACAAGAUUGUGCUGAAAAGCUCAGGCAGGGAGAUGAUGGUACCCGCGCAGUUAGGACUGUAGUAGCUGCUAAUAAUUCAGAAGAGCAACAUUCUCCUGUCCAAAGCACUGACUGUAGCGAACAAAAGGAGAAUGAAGUUCUCCUGGCAGCUGGGGAAAGUGCCCUUGAGCAAAGAGACAAAGUAGCACCAGAAGCAGCCCGUGGAGAACAUGAUCAGCAAAUGGCACCUAGAUUGGUGGCAGAGCCUGAAAAAGUGAGGAAAUCCAAGCUGGAUAAACUUCGAGAACUGGGGAUAGACCUGUCCAUCAAGCCAAGGAUCUGCACCGACAAUGAAUCCUUCAUAAACCUUGAUGAAUCUGGUUCAAAUGAAGAAUUGGAAGCCUUGAAAGCACGUUUCUUGAAGCACUCUCUUCAAACAUCGAAAUCUAAAGUUGAACGGACCGUAAACAUGAACAUUAUUCGUAAGGAGACUACAGCUGAGGGAAAAGAGGAACUGAGAGCAGAUGUGGUGCCAGCAGUAUUAGUUACAGAAGGCCGAGACGAAGCAGUCCACACCAAGCCAGGUGAAAAGCUGCAAGCGUUGAAGGCUAAACUCCAAGAGGCCAUGAAACUCCGCAGGACUGAGGAACGCCAAAAGCGGCAAGCCCUGUUUAAACUGGAUAAUGAAGACGUGUUGGAGGAAGAGGAGGAGGAGGAGGAAGAGAUGACAGAUGAGUCUGAGGAGGAGGAAGACGGUGAACACUUGACUGCAGAAUUUCUCUUUGGAGAGGCAGAGGAAGAUAAUGAAGAUUUAGAAGACAAACACAUUGAGGACGGCGAUAAAGAAACUGAUAAAGAAUCAAUUGAUGGAGAAAAGAUGGAUAAAACUGUGCACUGUGAUUCUGUUCCCAAGCUACCUUCAACAGAGUCUACACUGAUGCUGUUCAAAGACAGCUCCUCCAAAAUGGGAUACUCUCUUCCUGAUGAGAAACUUGAAAUAGAAGAAGGUGCAGACAAAGGACCUACCAAGUUGGAAGAUGAUGAUUCAUUUUCUCUGCCAACACCGGCAAAAGAUAACAGCCAUAACAGCAGCUUCGAGCUGAUCGGCUCCAUGAUUCCGUCCUAUCAGCCCUGCAACAAACAGAUGUCACGUGGAGGGAACAUUUUAUCUGCAGCAGGAGGUUUCAGGUCGCCCUCCCCAGGUUUUUUCAAAACAAGCUUCAUCAGCUCUGCUUCCAAGAGCUCAGGAAAGAUGUCUGAGCCCUCUCUUCCCAUAGAAGAUUCCCAGGACCUCUAUAAUGCCUCUCCUGAGCCCAAGAGUUUAUUUCCAGGACCUGGAGGGUCACAAUUUCAAUUUUCUCUGGAAGAUGACACUCAGAGCCAGCUGCUUGAUGCAGAUGGGUUUUUGAAUGUUGGACAACAUAGGAAUAAAUAUCAGUCGUCAAAACAUCAGCUGACUCUAGCCAGUAUGGAUGAGAAUGCAAUGGAUGCCAACAUGGAUGAGUUAUUGGAUUUGUGUUCGGGUCAGUUUAGCAGUCAAACUGAACACGUGCCAGAUGCAAACAGCAACAAAAAGCAGAACAUGGAAGAACUACUCAAUCUUUGUUCAGGAAAAUUUGUAUCUCAGAGUUCUCCAACAUGGGCAUCUUCAGUGUCUUCUAAGGCUGGAAAAGACAGUGACGUGGAAGAUCCAAUGACAGAAGCUCUAGCACUUUGCUCAGGCUCCUUCCCAACAGACAGAGAAGAAGAAGAGGGACAAGAAGAAGAACUUGGUGAAUUUCAGCUUGUGACGGAUGACAAUGCCUUUGAUAGCGAAGAGGAUGAAGGAAGUGAGGAUGGUGAUGCUGAAGAUGCAGAAAUUAGUGAUGAGGAUGCUGAAGAAGCAGAAAUUAGUGAUGAAGAAGAACAAAUAUUGAGACGUAGACAGGGCGUUAAGAAAAAACUAAAACUACAGGAUUUCAUGGAAGAUGAGGCAGAGCUGUCAGGGAGUGAUGUGGGAAGUGAGGAUGAGUAUGAUGGUGAAGACCUGAACGAAUAUGAAGAAGACGUUAUCGAUGAGGAACUCCCUACUGAUGCGGAAUUAGAAAAUCAAGUGCAGAAAUUACACAUGAAGGCAAUGCUUGAUGAUGACAAGCGUCAGCUACGUUUGUACCAAGAGAUGUACCUCCUUGAUGGGGACCUGCACAGCGAUGGCCCUGGCAGAACGAGGAGAUUCAGAUGGAAGAACAUAGAUGAUGCUUCACAGAUGGACUUGUUUCAGAGAGAUUCAGACAACGAUGAUGAAAAUGAAGAGCUUGAUGAGACAGAGGCAAAGUGGAGGAAGGAGCGAUUUGAGCGAGAACAGUGGCUUCGUGAGCAGAAGGAAAAAAAUGAAGAGGAGGAGGAAGUCGGUGAAGAUAGCCAAUUUAUGAAACUAGCAAAAAAAGUAACUGCUAAGUCCCUACAGAAGAAAGCAAGCCCUGUCGUAGUAAUGCAAGAAACAAAAUUGUUGCCCACAAACCCGUUUGAAGCAUUCAGACCUGCCAGUGAUGUCCAGCUGAAAAAUGGGUCUCUCUUGAACAGACCUAAAGCUGUACUUCAGAAACUAGCAGCAAUGUCAGAACUUAAUCCAAAUGCCCCUCGAAAUUCAAGGAAUUUUGUCUUUCACACACUUUCUCCAGACAAGAGUGAAGAGGCAAAGGAGAAGUCAAAACUUCAGGUGAAGAAGAGAGGUUCUACUGCAGUAGCAACAUCCCUGGCCAAGCGGCCCAGGACUGACAGCACAGCACAAAUGAGUAAAAGUCGGAGCAUAUUCCAGUUCUUGGAGAGCUGAAUAGUUUUGUUUAGGG